UGAAAGUAAACAUUUCUCCCCAUCUUAAGCCAAAUGGGUAGGCUCAUUACUAUUAAAAGAUUGCCAACCUCUGUCUCAGACCUAUUGCAGAAGUGAUGUCAAAGUAGCAUUUUUAUGGGUAGCAUCUGCAAUUCCCAUAUUUUACGGGUCAGCAGGGAGUUGUUCUGAGUAUUUAGUCCAUGAGGCUGAAAUCUGAAGUGUAUCUGUGGGACUGGCAACGCUGUAAAAAAGCCCUUUAUGAGGUCAUCAUCCCCCACUUGCCAUCUCUCCCCAGAUGCAGAUGUGCAAGCUUUUAAAAACACUUGAGAAGCCACCAUGCCUCGCUUUGCAAGCCCUCUUUUAAGAAAUGUCAUUAUCAGAAGUCAAUUUGAUGGCAUCAAGAGGAAGCAAUGCCUCCAAUAUCUGAAAACCCUGAGAACACUGCAAUAUGAUGGAUUUAAGACCGUAUAUUUUGGGGAAACCAAUAUCCCAGAAAGUCUCGUAACUGGGGAAGAUAUUAGUGAUGGAUAUUUCAUACAAACCCCAACUUGGUGUAUUGUGCACGCUGCGGGUAGUCAAGGAUGGGUGCCUUGGAAAUAUCGGAUGUUCCUAAGAGAUGAGCUGUGUAUCAAACAAGAAGACAGCCUCUUCUCUGAGUUCUGUGAUGUGGUGAGGAAGGCCUAUGGAAAGUGUGUCAUCGUGGUCAAAGAGAGAAGGCAGCAGGAAGAGCAGAAGCCAAAGGAAGACAGAGAGGCUGAGGGCCAGUUCUAUAUCCCUACAGUCAUUAGCUUAGCAAGCAUUACGUGUUGCCCAGAGGUGGCCAAGUCCUGUGGCCAUGAACUACUCUCUCUGCCUUCCCCUUGCAAUUAUCUGAACCCUUUAGACUCAGCCUGGUCUUCUCUGAAAUGGUUUAUCAUCAAUAACAGAAAUGAGUUUUGUUUGCAGUCCAUUGACAGUGUCUAUUCUUACCAAUGUAUACUUUUCAGCAAUUUAAUUAACAAAGGAAUUGAAAGGAUAAACGCAAGCAAGUGGAGAACAUUAACUAGCAAAGUACGGAGAUGGGAAAACUACUAUCUUGGGAAAUUUUCUUAAGGGCGAUUCCUCCAACAAGCAGUGAGGCUGCUACAUGUCUGGUCUUUACCGUCAACUCUGUUGAGAUGGAUUCCACACCACUGCAGCCAAAGAUACUUCAACAGCAACCUCACAGGGGUGCUGCGAGAACUGAGUUGCUCCUAAAGAUGUUGGCAAAGCACUUUGAGUUUACUAGAAGUUUCAUUAAAAUUUGUUGGUAAGUUAGGGGUCU